AUGACUCGUUUGGGAGUAACAAUAAUUGUUACAAUUCUGCUCUUCGUCUUAUUUUCGAUCAGUGAUUCUGAGAUUCGGGAUUUUUCGAAUUGUCACGACAAUUUUGACUUGAAACCUAAAGAUGGGAUUUUAAAGGAGCACACGUUCACCUGGCUGGGUUUCGUUCAAUAUCUGCAUGUUACUACAGGCCUUCCGCACCACAGCAAGGCCCCACGAGUCGUUCUAAUUCACAAACAAUAUACGUUGGCUGUUGCUACAGACAUGUUAGUUUUGCCAAGAAACUAUAACCUUGGGAAGGUGAUAUUCGGAGACUACGAGCAGGAGGAGUUAUCGUGCAACCUCACCUACAGCCAGGUGAAGAUGGGCGAGCGGUGCCCUCGGGCGUACCUGGAGAUCCCCGUCAUCAGCAUUGUACCGCAUCCAGAGUACACCAGAUUUGGCGUUGGGAACAGUUUGGCCAUAGUGAAGCUCCUUAGCCCUAUAAAAUCAGAAUACAUGAUACCAGUAUGCUUGCCAAGUGUAACCGAACGUGAGAGGAAAAAGAAACAAAGAUAUGUAUUUAUGAUCGAUUAUAUAAAUUUGGUGCCACGAGAUUUUGACAACGAAAAGAUGGGUAAGAAAACUUUGAAAAUGUAUACUCAUAAAGAGUGCAGGCGACUUCGCAUGCGCAGUAAACUAGGAAGCGAAGGAGUUACCCACGUGUUAUGCAGCUCCGGGUGUGGAGUGCGUCCAGGGUCUCCCAUCAUCAGCCACACAUUCGAGGGAACCUUCGAGGUGUUGGGGCUGGCUGCAGGUGGUGGUCCCUGUACCAGGAGAUCCAUGAGGAACCGUCUAAACAGAGAACCUCCUCUCUACGUCGAUGUAUACCCGUACACCUCCUGGAUCAUCAACUACAUCACCGCUCAGAUUCUCCCCAGGCCGUAUCCUGACAACUUCGUCCUAGCUGAUCACGGCACGCGUAUGGGAAUAAACCGUGAGUACCUCCGUACUCGACGGAAGCAGCAGCAGGGAUGGCGGGCGCGGACCUACGUGACGGGGGACCACUGCUUCAAGAGCAUCAAGAAACAGAGGAGAGCCACACUGUUCUACUCCGAGAAGUUCGAAGUCAACGGAAACACUGCUUCCAAAUUGAAUAUUAUAAUGUCGAUAUCAGCUGGCAUCGAAACCACCAUAGUCUGCGUGCGUAUGCUUCUACCUAAUCGCUUAGUUGUACCCACGAUUCUUGGUGUGGGCGGAUACAACAUCACAGUCUCAUUAUACAGCAAAUGGUUCCCAACCAAAUACUACUUUUCCCUUGGACUGUACGGCAAGAAUACUACUAAUAGGGACUACUUGAAAUGGUACGAAGAAAGAAAGCCAGGCUUCUGGUAA